AUGAGCCAUCACAGUAAGACAUCGUGGCCGGAGGUGGAGGGGCUGCCAGCUGAGGUGGCCAAGCACAAGAUUCAGGACGACCGACCGGACGUUGAGGUGAUCCUUGUGCCUGUCGGCUCCGCCGUGACCGAUGACUUCCACACCGAGCGCAUCCGCGUCUUCUUCAACAAGGCCGGUAACGUGGCAGAGGUCCCCAAGAUCGGCUAG